CCAUGCUAUUCAUCCUCAACCUGUUGGUGUUUUUUUAACCUCUCCACAUUAAAGAGUGGAUAUGUUAAGGAUUUGAGCUUUGUGAGGAUCUUUGAGGGCUUGUUGGUUGGUGUGGCUGAUUGGCUUAAUAGGAAGCGAUGGCCAGCUUUGCAGGAACCUCACAGAAGUGUACGGCCUGCACCAAGACGGUGUACCUGGUUGAUAAGCUCACCGCCGAUUCCAGGAUUUACCACAAGGCCUGCUUCCGAUGCCAUCACUGCCGGAAUACCCUCAAGCUCAGCAACUACUGCUCCUUCGAGGGGGUCCUCUACUGCAGACCUCACUAUGAUCAACUCUUCAAGCGAACUGGCAGCUUAGACAAGAGCUUUGAAGGGACUCCCAAAAUCUUGAAACCAGAAAGAACAACAGAAACGAGUGAGAAUGCAAAGUCAAUCUCUAGCUUCUUUGCGGGAACCAGGGAAAAGUGUGUGGGGUGUAAUAAGACCGUUUAUCCAAUAGAGAAGGUAACCGUUAAUGGAACUCCAUACCAUAAGAGUUGCUUCAAAUGCACACAUGGAGGUUGCACCAUAAGUCCAUCAAGUUACAUUGCUCAUGAAGGAAAGCUCUACUGCAAGCAUCAUCACAUUCAACUAUUCAAGGAAAAAGGGAAUUACAGCCAGCUUGAGACCACAAUUGAUCAUCAAAACAGGAAUUCCUUCACUGAACAAAUCACUACCGUGGAAAUUGUUGCUGAAUCAUAAUAACUGCCAUUAAAAUUUUUUUUCCUUAACCUAUAUUUAUGGUAUACGUUGCUUUUGUGCAUGGUAAAGAAAAGAUCUUUUAAUGUGUAUAGCUAUAUUUUUGGUGUCAAUCUGAUGUAUUUUGGGGUCCCUAA